AUGGGCUUUCUCCGGCGAAUUUUCGGCGCCAAAAAGCCCUCAGACCCCAAAUCCACCAAGAAAAGAUGGGCCUUCCUCAAGCCCACCGCCCGGAACAAGUCUCUCCCGCCGCCACCGCCACCCUCCACCUUCAACACACACUUUGAUCCUUCCACUCCCUUGGGCGCCAACAAGCAUGCCAUCGCCGUCGCCGCUGCCACCGCCGCCGUCGCAGAGGCCGCUCUGGCUGCCGCACACGCUGCCGCCGAGGUCGUCAGACUCACAAGCGGCGCCUCCGCCGCCGCCACAAGUACCAGCACCAGACCCGCCGCGUCGGUCGCGCGUGUUAGCCAGCUGCGGUUGACGGAACAAACCGCCGCCGUUAAGAUACAAUCGGCAUUCCGUGGUUACUUGGCAAGGAGAGCCUUGAGAGCACUGAAGGCAUUGGUGAAGUUGCAAGCAUUGGUUAGGGGCCACAUUGUGAGAAAGCAAAGUGCUGAUAUGCUGAGGCGCAUGCAAACAUUGGUGCGACUUCAGGCCCAGGCACGUGCAAGCCGUGCGCACUUGUCACAUAAUACGCCUUCUUUCAAGUCUUCCCUUUCUCACUACCCUGUCCCUGAAGAAUACGAGCACCCACCUCGUGCCUUCAGUACAAAAUUUGAUGGAUCUUCUAUCCUUAAGAGAUGUAGUUCCAAUGCCAAUUUUAGGAACGUUGACUCAGAAGGAACCCGGUUUGAUUCAAACUGGUUAAACCGUUGGAUGGAAUUAGAUAACAAGUGCAGGCAAAGUGGAGAUGCUUCAUUGAAAACUGGACGCCCUGAUGAUGAUAAAAGUGACAAGAUUCUCGAAGUAGAUACUUGGAGGCCACAUUUCAAGUCUCACCACAGUAGCAACUCCUUUCAGACAGCACAUUAUUAUAUGAGUUCUGACUACAAUAAUGAUAACUUUAUGGCCCAUGAGUCUCCAUCAAAACGUUCAGCAAAGGCUCUAAACCAAAGUUUCUCAUCAAGGGAGUUGUUGCAGCUAAACUCUUUGAAGUUUCACAAAGGGAAAGAAGAAGCCACUUCAAGAACUGCUGACAAUAGUCCACAAGCAUUUUCAACCAAUUCUAGAAAUGGAAGUGGUGCAAGGAGGGGUCCCUUUACACCUACCAGGAGUGAGUGCUCGUGGGGUUUCUUCAGUGGCUACUCGGGUCACCCCAAUUACAUGGCAAACACUGAAUCUUUUCAAGCCAAGGUUAGAUCUCAAAGUGCACCUAGACAAAGGCUGGAGUUUGACAGAUACGGUUCCACUAGGAGGCCUGUUCAUAUGGUGGGACCUAAUUCAGACCAGGAUUCAGAUUUAAGGAACAAAGUCUUACCUGCCUCUAACAGUGUCAACAGAAUUGGGAGUAGCAAUUUAAGGUGA